GAGGGGUUCCUCUUGUGCAGCUCUGCCCCCCUGUAGAUGCUCAUCUUGAGUGGGUGGGGCAGGAAGGGGUUCAGGGGAGCCCUCAGGUGGGUCAGUCCACCUCCAACUGCCCACUGAGAGCCAGAACCCCUGGAUACUGGGGGAAGCAAGGCCUUCAAGUCCAUUUUAUCCAGCCCGUCCCUUGUAGAUGAGGAAGCUAGUCUGAGAAUGAGGUCACACGGCCAACACAGACUGCAGCCCGCUGACUCCUUGUCCAGUGCUCUUUCCACCACCAAACACUGGCUCCCAGCGACUGGAUGCAGAGUGGCCAAGAGCCAUUAGUGCACCAGGAACAAAGGCGCUAAGGGGGUGGCCUCGUUUCCAGAAGACAAGAGGGGCUGCGAAAGGGAAGAAUCAGCAUGGAGGACCUGCAGCUGGGAGGAGCCGUGGGCUCCUUCUAGGCAGCGCUGUAACUGAGUCCUCCCACUGCCUUUUGAUUGUCUUCUGAUAUCUGAUGUGCUGAGAAGAGACGUGUUGGUCUUUGCAGAAACAGCCACUGUCUCAUAAGGGACAGCAGACACAGACAGAUGAGGGGCCAUUCCUCCAGGCCAGUGGUUGCAAGGCAGGGCUGCCUAACAGGGACUGAGGAGGGAGAGGGGGCUGUUUUAGUUGCAGAGGGAAAGUAACUCAGGGAUGAUCUUAAUUAGGUCUCUGGCCGCGUGUAGAUGGGGCACCUGCGAUCCACAGCUCAAGUGUUGAUAGGACGUGGGUUUACAUGGAUGCCCCAGAAUCCCAUGGAGCCCCAGGCAGUGGCUGCAGCUGGCCCUGGGCCAGGCUCGGGACUGGAACCAGCAGCUUCAGGAAGCCGGGCAAGGUGUUCCCCCUGUUCCAUCUCUGGUUUCUCUGUGCAACUGUCUCCUCUCUCCCUGCAGACCGGCUCUCAUCAGAAUGUGACCCAUGCUGCAGUCUUUAGCUGAGUGGCCAUGGGCUUCUGCUCUAGAGCUCACGAGCAGAACAAGUCACCUUGGCUGACUUAUUACAGCCCAUGUUACCAAGGGCUGGGUGGGUGGAGAGGAUGCACUGGCCCCACGUGGGCCAGGGGUCAGAGUGUCUGCAAAAGUGUGGCUGCUGGGAAGGGUUGCAGGGGUGAGAGGUGGCACUUUUGAGAUAAGCUGGGGGCUACUCCUCACCCACAGAUGUCCACUGCAGAACCGAUCCUGGACAGUCCCCUUUGGUCACCUACAAGGGAUCUUUUCAGAAUAGCAAGCACCUGUGAGACAAAGGGAAUCUGAUUGUUCUGUUGGCCUGGUUUCCCUGAUACCUUUUGCAAUCCCGUUCACCUGUGUGCCUUCUCUAUGUAUCCCAGCAACUUGCCUCCCACUGCACAGAGUAUUAAAAAUUUCUUAGAAGUAUUUGGCAAGUUCAGCGCCUUGGCUCUGGAGAAGACUGCGUGGCAAGAGGCGGCCAGUGAUGGCGUUCUGCCUCCUGAUGACCCUGUCUGCAGUGGCUGUCACCCGCUUCCCCCCACAGCGUCCAGCUGCCGGCCCAGCCCCUGGGCCCCUGGAGCCCCGGGCGGUGACUGGCGUCCCUGCCCUCCACGUCCCGAAGGCUGUGAGCUCCAGCCGGAGGCAGCGGGCAAGAAACCUGGGAUUCUGGAGAGGCUGGGCUCCUCCCAGGAACGCCGUCUCAGUCUGUGCUGAGGAGCAAGGCCACAGAGCGCGAGUGGACAGAAGCAGGCGGUCCCCAGGAGGGGACAGCGGGCCUCCAGGGAGGGUCAGGAGGGACAUUGCUUUGGCAGGAGAUCCGAGACUCAGCACCCAGCAUCUCGUGCUCCUGAGGGAGGAUGAGGUCAGAGAUCCAGGAGGCGGCAAAGGCCUGGGCUGCCCCUGGCACGGUGGUCCCACCCAGGAGACGCAGAGCGCCGUGGGCACCCUGGCCGGCCCACUUGCAGGGCAUGACGUGGCGGCCUCACCGGCCUCGAGAGCUGCUGCUGGGCUGCCCCUUGGGCCCUAUCCAGCGGAAGGCAGGGGUCUGCCGGGAGGUGAGGACAGAGCGUUGCCUGGUGGGCCACAAGCAGAGGACCCCACCCUGGCCUCAGGGCCUCUCCAGUGGCCUGGCUCUGUGGGGGAGCUGCAAGGGUCCGUGUGGUGUGACGCUGAGCCCCCUGGACUGCUGACCAGCUCGAGGACUGGCAGGCAGGUCCCCCCGUGGCUCACAGAACUCGACGUGCAGACCCUCUGGCUGCUGGCCCAGGGGGAGGUGGUGGCCAAAGCCAGGGUCCCCGCCCACGGGCAGGUGCUGCAGGUCGGCUUCUCCGCCGAGGAUGCCCAGCAGGACCCGUCUCCUCCCAGGCUCAGCCGACUCUGCUCCCAGGGCCUCUGUGGCCUGAUCAAGAGGCCCGGGGACCUGCCCGAGGUCCUGUCCUUUCACCUGGACCGUGUGCUGGGGCUGCGGCGGAGCCUGCCCGCGGUGGCCCGGCGCUUCCACAGCUCCCUGCUGCCCUACCGCUACACGGAUGGUGGCGUGAGGCCUGUCAUCUGGUGGGCACCUGAUGUGCAGCACCUGGGUGACCCGGAUGAGGACCAGAACUCCCUGGCCUUGGGCUGGCUGCAGUACCAGGCCCUGCUGGCACACGGCUGCCGCCAGCCCAGCCAGGCCCCGUGCCCGGGCAUCCGCCACACCGAGUGGGCACGCUUGGCGCUCUUUGACUUCCUGCUGCAGAUAAGCUGCAGUUCUCAGUCCGGCUCCUCUGUGCCCAUUAGCUGGUGCAUUCACCUGCUUCCCAAGCUGCUGCCCAGACUUGUGGCCUCCGGCUGUGGGCAGAUGACGCUGUCCAGAUGUUCCUUCCCUGAAGCCUCUGGGGAAGAUGUUCAGAAACAUGGGGAGCACAGCAAGGUCCAUGACCGCCUGGAUCGCUACUGCUGUGGCUUCGAGCCUGAGCCCUCAGAGCCCUGUGUGGAAGAGAGGCUGCGAGAGAAAUGCCGGAACCCGGCCGAGCUGCGGCUGGUCCACAUCCUGGUCCGGAGCAGCGACCCGUCUCAUCUGGUCUACAUCGAUAACGCGGGCAACCUUCAGCACCCCGAGGACAAGCUGAACUUUCGGCUGCUGGAGGGCAUCGACAGGUUUCCCGAGUCUGCCGUGAAGGUUCUUGCAUCAGGCUGUCUGCGGAAUAUGCUGCUCACGUCGCUGCAGAUGGACCCGGUGUUCUGGGAAAGCCAAGGCGGGGAGCAGGGGCUGAAGCGGGUCCUCCAGACCCUGGAGCGGCGAGGACAGGUGCUGCUGGGACACAUCCGGAAGCACAACCUCACACUCUUCGGGGACGAGGACCCGUGAGCCCACCACUGCCCAGGCAGGGCUCUCGCCUCACACCACCACCCUGGGUGGAUGAGCCUGCAUCCUGAUGAUCACUUGUUCUUGGGGUCACCCAUCUUGUGCACAAAUGGGAGAAGCCAGAAACCAGAGGGGCACAUGGAUGUUUCACCUGCUAGGCAUGGGCGAGGUGGCGUUAGGUUUUUAAUCUCAGCGUGUUCCUUUCUGCCUUCUCAGCUCUGGCUGUUCACUCCCUUGCACCAGUAAAUACAUUAAAACGUGUUCUGUGCGCUGCUUCAGAUACUGUAAGAUUGAGCCUUCCACGUGCACAUGCAAAGCCGGACAACGCUGUGUGUGCAGAAGUGUGCAGGCGUGUGUGGCACACGCACACGCCCACGUGCAACACGUGAGACAGACCUCACAAAGAACCUUCAUAGAAUUGUACCUGUGGCCCAGAGCUGCUCUGGCUUAAAGUAGACUCAGGUCUAACAAAUGAAACAUGGAGCAUUUGUUAUUACACGCUUCAAAUUUUUAAUUCUUACUCAGUUAUGUUUUUUGGUUUAAAAAUUAUAAAAGUAAUACAUGAUCACUAAAAAUAAAUUCAUAAAUAAGAGAAGCAUAAAAAACAAAAAGUGAAAGUCCCAGGAACGCCCUAGAGAUGUGUACGUGUGUAUAAUAUUCACACUCACGCUACAUGCAAAUUAAAAAAUAAUAAAAGUGGGUUCAUGUUCUGUCGACUCAUCAUGUUUACUUUAUUUACUACACUUUGCCCCAGCCAUCUGAAUGGACCUAUUUUUUUAUUGAUGAAGCCAAGGAAUUCCAGGGCAUAUUUUAUUUAGCUGUUCCCAUAACAAUGAACUCUUACGUGGCUGCAGUUUUUCACUACUUAUGAACAUUGCCAACAUGAGCAUCAUUGCAUGGCAUGCAAGUAUUUCUGCAAGCUAGAUUCCCAUAGUGGAUUUCUGGGUCAAAGGGUAUGGACAUUCUUUAUUUUGAGACAAAACUGCCAAACUGCUCUCUCAAGAGGGUAGGGGACUGACCGUUUUCCUACACCCUCACCGACAUUUGAUAUUCUUGUACUUUUUCGUUUUUUAUACAUCUGAUAACGGAAACCUAUUUUAAAAACUGCAUUUCUAAUACACAUAACCUAAACCUUUGUACCCUCGUAAUAUGCUGAAAUAAAAAAAAUUAAAAAAAUAAAAAUAAAUAAAAAUGAAAACUGCAUUUCCUUAAUCACUAAUUACGAUAUAUUUCCACUUAUUACCGGUCAUUUGCAUUUUCUUUUCUUUUAAGGUGUUUGUCCUUUCCUUGUUCAUUUAUUGGAGAUUUUUUAAGCUAAUGAGUGUAAUAAAUCUUUUCCCUGUUAGACAUGUUGUAAAUGUUUUCUUCCAAUCUGUCAUUUAUCUCUUAACUUUGUUCAUGAAGUCUUUUGCCAAGUAGAAAAUGUUAAUUUUCACACAGUCU